UGCAAGCCUUCCAUAUAGUCUCAGGUUCUAUGCAGCCUGAGGCAAUGCACAAUUGAGGAAUCUUCUGGUCCUCAUCGCGAGAGGCUGGAUUGCUGGGCUGGGCUUGAUUGCGAUCUUGCGAAAAAUGUCGACCAGCACGAUCUUGUCGCAUGGCGAUGGAGUCUUCACGUGUUUGCCUUGGUUUCACCUCACCAUGCCUGGUUCACGCCGACUCCUUUUUAAACCCAGGGCGCGACAUUGGCACAUCCUGGCAUGGUCUCACCUCAUGGCGAUACAUUGCCUAGCGCUGCUGCUCGUCAAGUCGGACAUGAAUCAUCGAAGUACGAAGUAGAUAUGAGCCCUGCCAACGAGAAAAGUAGUUACUUGGUGUAGACAUCGAAAUGGAGAGCCAGCCAACCCCUAGCCAUCAUC